CUACAAUAGGAGGGGCGCGGAGGCCAACCAUCAAUAAUGAAAGUACGUAACAUCCAGCUGUACCGGUGGACCGAAGCCGACGCCGUGAGUGUUUAUAUACGACAUCUCCCAUCUGCCAGAGCCGGCUUUCGCUCCUCCAGAUACAAUGUUUCCAAUUCUCUCAGACCUGUAUAAACAAACCACCCAAAUCCAAUACGUUGACUCGUACGGAAUAUGGAUUGCUAUUUUGCUGGGCGUCUGGCUGAUCGCGCGGCUGGCGCACCGGCUUGGUCGAUGGACUGUCCAACGCCCGAUCGCGGUCUCCCUUGGGUGGCGCAUCGGCUAUGAGUUGCCGUGGCUCGCCCCGACCAUUGACAUAUCCACCGCAUUCGAGGUCAUUUUGGUCGGGGUGCUCCUGGGCGCCAACAUUGUCCUCCUACUCGUGUCCGCCCAUGGCUGGGCCGACGUCCAGCAACGUGCGGCGAAGCUCGCCGUCCUGAACCUAUUGCCGCUCGGUACGGGCCUGACCUUUGGCCUCCCGGUCCAUCUGCUCGGAAUCAGCCGCUCUGCCGUUGCGUGGUGGCAUCGCUGGUUUGGGCGGGUGAUGGCCGCCCAUUCCCUUCUUCAUGGAGCCAUUGCCAUCGCCAGAGCGGAUAACCCGAUCCCCUCGAUGAGGCAUGACUGGGUUCCCUUGCUGGCAGCUGCUGCCAUUUUGAUGAUGGUCCCUGUGACCUUGCAUGUGGUCGUCCGACGUCACUGUCAGGUCGCCAUGAGAAUCCACUACCUUCUGGCGGUCACAGCAAUGGUGGCCCUGGCGUAUCAUUCGUGGGAUCGAGGGUCAGACUCCCGCUGGCAAGUGGUUGGGGCUGGGGCCCUAUAGAUCGAGUGAGUCCAAACAUGCCUUGUAAGACGAGACACUUGUCUUUACGCGCAACCGAUCCCAUGUAUGGCAGCGGCAUCCAUCGGUGCGUCUCAGCUUCUCUCUCCAGCCCGAUGUCUGGACAUUCAGCUUGGACAAUCACGGGUCUUGUGGUCUCUCGUCCAUCU